AUGAGAGGCGAAGAAACGACGUCCAAUAAUGAGUUGCUCGCGCGGCAAACGCACCUGUUCAAAUUGCGCGCGUUGAAAUUACACUCGGAUUUCGAGCGAUCCGAACAGAGAAACAAACUGCUGCAAAGAGAUUUGUCAAAAGCGGAAUCGAUCGCGAAAGGUUUGAAAAUCAAGAACGAUGAAUGUGUUCGAGAGAUUGAAAAAAUGACAAGCGAAGUGAGAGUUCAAAACGAGGCGUUGGAAAGAACGAACGAGAAAACGAAAACGUUGGAAUCAAACCGAGAUGCGCUCGAAUUAGUGGUGAAAGAGACGCAGUCGGAGCUGUAUUCGGUGAAAGAGGAAACGGAGAGGCGGAUACGGCAGUUGACGAUGGAACAGAGCACUUCGGAAGUACACGCGGAGUUACGGAGGGAGAGAGAGUCGCGAGCGAAAGAGUCGAGACGAGCGGAGCGGGCGGAACGGGCGCUGGACGACGCCGCGGUGGCGUUUAGCGGGGAGCGGAGAGACGCGGACGAUGAGAUGAGAAGACACAUAGAGCGACGAUUGGAGGUGGAAAACGAACGAGAGAAGUGCUUGAAUGCGUUGGAGGAGAAGGAACGGAAAUGGGAGAAGGAGAGGAGAGAGAGGGACGCAAAGGAAGGAAAACUGACGAGAGAGAACGAGCAGCUGACGAGCGAGAAUGAAAAGAGGAAAGACCAAAUCAAAAGUUUAGAGGAAGAGUGUAGGAAAGCGAACGCGGCUGUGAGAGAACGGAGCGCGGACAUGGCUUUGGCCGUGAAGAAGUUGAACGUGGAAUUAAAGCAACAACGGUUGGAGACGGAGAAAGGGAUGGCGAAACGAGUCGAGGCGUUGAGAGUAGCGUUCGGGAACGCCAUCGAGGACGUGAAGGAAGAAGCGAGAGCGAGUUUAAGCAGAAAAGACGAGGAAAUUGCACGAGUUCUCGCGAAGGAGUCGGAGGCGAACACGAGAAUGGCGUCCGUGGAAAAGCACUGUUUGAAAGUCCGGGACGCGUUGUUGGAGUUGGCGAACGAGAAAGAAUCCUUGGAGGAAGAAAGAGACGAGUUGCGUAGAGCGUUACAAAGAGCCGGGGAAAUGAACGCGCAGUUGACAAAAAGAGCAAUGGACAACGCGAGCGCGACGGGUGGUGGUGAAGGUCUCGCGAAACAACAACAAAAACGCGCGGCGUUUACAAAGAUACCGAGUAACGUUCAUCGUCAUCACCAAUACAAUAAAGGACCGAAGCAGCUGGCGGAAACGUUGGCGAAAGAGUUGGAGCAGUUAAAAUCGGCUCACGAGGAGUCCAUUGAAGCGUUAACGACGAGCGAAAACGGAAAAGAUUCAGAAAAAAUGGUUGAAAGAAUAGAUGAAAUUUCUCGAAAGAUAGCAGCCAAAGCUACGCAAGUCAGCUUAGCGUUGAAGUCUUCUUCUUAA